UUAAUAUUCUCAAUUGUUCUUUUUGCAUUGUAUUAAGCAAGCUCGCCUUCACUAGAGGUGGCGUGAAAUGUUUAACGAAUUGUGGCUUUGAUAAACUCAAAAUUAAUAAUAAACAAACACACCGCAGGAGGAAGAAAGAAAAAAAUUGAGGAUAAAAAAAACAAUCAUCCGGAUUCAAUGUAAAAAGUUAGAGGGCGAGAGACAAGUGAAUGUAAACCGAAGAAAAAGUGUAAAGAAAAAACCGAAGAAAAAAUGUGGAAUAAAGUACAUUGUAUCCCAUCAGCGAAACGAUAAAAACAAUUAAAUCAAACCAGGAAACGUAGACAUUAUGACGAGAAAUGAUUUUUCUACAUCAAAACUCAUGGAUAUAAUAGCACAGCGAGAAUAAGAGAACGAAAUCUCAGCUGGUUUUUGUAGUGCAUAACCCACAAGCACAUUCAUAGAGUUGUGACCAUGUCGAAUUGGGAAUAAAUGAAAUAAAAUAACGUUUUCUAUUAAAAACGAAUAAAGAUUUAUUUCGAUAUAAAAAAGAUACACGGAAAAAAUAAAACAGAACCAAUUGAAAACAGUGACGAAUACGUUGCGGUCAACAAAAUGGAAGCAUUAAAUACGGAUCAUACACUAUAUAUAGUAGGAAAUUUUUCAGAAAAAUCAUCAUCGAUUUUAGUAGCAACAACAACAGCAACAACAACAAUAAGCACCAUGAGCGAUUUAUUUGACAUUACAAAUUCAACAAAUAUACCAAAUUCAAGUAUACCGAUUGAUUCGCCAUCAUUAUCAACACAUAAAAUCGAUUGGACCGAUUUGGUCCUGGCAUUGCUUCUCUGCUUGCUCAUUGUGAUAACCGUUAUUGGAAAUACCUUGGUGAUAUUGUCUGUGUUGACAACCCGACGAUUACGUACUGUUACCAAUUGUUUUGUGAUGAGUUUAGCCGUAGCCGAUUGGCUUGUAGGGAUUUUUGUGAUGCCGCCAGCUGUUGCCUUGAUGCUAGUUGGAUCAUGGCAACUUGGAUGGGUGUUUUGCAAUAUUUGGAUAUCGUUAGACGUGCUUUUAUGUACUGCAUCGAUUCUGAGCUUAUGCGCAAUUAGCAUAGACAGAUAUUUGGCAGUUACACAACCAUUAAAUUACUCUAGAAGGCGACGCUCCAAGCGACUAGCACUGCUAAUGAUUCUAAUUGUAUGGGUGGUUGCGUUGGCAAUUACUUGUCCGCCAAUUUUGGGAUGGUACGAUCAUCGACGAGCUGAAAAGCAUGAUGAAUGCGGAUAUAACCAGAACGAAGGUUAUGUUGUUUUUUCAGCAAUGGGAUCUUUUUUCAUUCCAAUGGCUGUAAUGGUAUAUGUUUAUGCGCGGAUUUCAUGUGUUGUUGCCGCACGUCAUGAUCAUAUGACAGAAAUCGAAGUUCAUAAGAGACAUAAUAAACACUUUGAUGUUGAAGCCGAACAAGAUGUUGACUUGGAACCAUCAUCCGAACAGGAUUUACAGAGUCCAUAUCGUAAAAAACAACAUUCAUUUCGUCAAACAUCACGAAGCAAUAUAUCAAUGGAUUUAAAAGAAUCACGAAUGGAAUUCAAUGUUAUGGGAGGCAAGAACAUACAACAUUUACAAGAGAGACAAUCGCAACACCAGCAACAGCAACAAGACAAACCACAAACAAAUAACGGCCACUAUGACCAAGACGACUUUUCCAUUCGAUCAACAUCACAAAAACGCACCAAACCCAAAUCGAAUAAUGCAUCAUCAACAAUGAGCGACCAUUGGUCAAAAUUGGCUCAACCCGUGCAAUAUAGCGUUAAACAAAACAAUACGGUUUUAUAUGAACUACAACGUCAACAACAACACACAAGUACAAUAAAGCAAAAUACACGCAUCCAUCACAAAUCGCUUUCGAAUCGCAUUUUGUCGUUAAAACGUGAAAACAAGACCACACAAACUUUAUCGAUUGUCGUUGGUGGAUUUAUUGUGUGUUGGUUGCCAUUUUUUGUUUGCUAUUUGAUCGCUCCAUUUGUGCCGGUCAGCAAAACAUUGAGCACGAUGCUUACAUGGCUUGGUUGGCUCAAUUCUGCAAUGAAUCCAUUCAUUUAUGCGUUCUAUAGUGUUGAUUUUCGUGCAGCCUUUUGGCGGCUCACAUUUCGAAGAUUCUUUGAAAGCUCCACCAAAGCACCGUACCCAAGUAAUGCAAUGUCAAUCAAACGAUAAUUCGCAUUCUUGUUGUUAUCGUUCUUGCCGUCCGACCCCCCCCCCCCUGAUACACACCACAUCACUCCAUCAUCGUCACAAAUACACGCAUUACACAAAUACGUAUACCAAUAUGGACAGAAAGACACACGCACACACGCCGUAAUGUGAAUCAUCAAUAUCACUUAUUCAUGUACAAAGUUUGUGGUGCUGUAUUAGUAUGAACCACUUUUCAGGUAAAAUAUUUAAGGGUUUCAAAAAGAAAUGCGACCAAAACCAUGGACAAAUAACACCCACUUCAUUUCUAUAUACAUUUCGAAACUCAAACAUGAGCAAAUAAGUGUCAUUAUAAAAUAAUUUAAAUUCAUUUAAAUGACGAAAAUGCCAGAUACAUCCCCUUAUCACAAUUGAAAUUAGUCACGGUUUAGCUCACUGCUGUACAUGAUUCUACACGUGGUUACUUUCACAGCUAAAAUAUUCGAGCAGCAAACGGAACAAAAACAGCGAACACGAUAGCCGCAAAAUCGAUGGAUCGAAGCGACAACACACACACAACACUCCUCAAUUUUCCGCUCAAGUUUUUCUCUCUUACGCAUACUCUUUGUCUCUCUUUCUAUGUAUUUUUGUCACUUCGUUUAUUGUGUUACUACCAAACUGUAAUGUUUUCAAAACGCAUGAUUAUUAUUGUUUAUUGUGUGUCGUUGAAAAUGGGUGGAAAACAAUCGCCAAGAGAAAUAUUAAGAUGCUAAUAUUCAAAUAAUGUGUAAUAGAAGCUCAUUCAUGAUACGCUUUCAAACUUGCAACAACAAACUGAAAUUCCAAUGGUAAUAUUUGCGGAAAAUAAUUUGCCCAUGUCUAAUAUUACGCAAAACCAACGUUUUUCGCUUUGUUGGGGUUGUUGAACAACAACAAAACAUUCGCAUCGUGAAAAAUGAGAUCGAGAAAAAUAUAUAAAAAUCUUUCUUGCAUUUUCACCACUUAAACCGAUUCCCGAUUUAAAAAAGAAAAAAAAUCUGCAAUUUUAUCCUGAAAUUCACGUCAAUGUUUUAGAGCUGCACCACUUAAACUACGGCACGAUGAAUAAAGGAGUGUUUGUAUUUUUAUUCGAUUAAAAUGUGCAAGCAAUUUUGUCUCAAAAAAUGAUCACAUAUAUUUAGCUAGUCAAAGCAUGACUUUAAAGGACUCUGCGAAGGCACAGAGCUUGCACAGAAAUUGACAAAAAUUAACUUCCGGACUAGUGCGUUUGGGGUUUCGCUUGAAUUUUACAUCAUUUUCAAAUUUCGAUUUUUCGCACAUGAAAUCUAAGCUGAGUUUAUGCUUCAGCGACAAAAAUGUAUGUCGAUCAAAAUAUUGCAGUUGGUUGCAUUUGAAAAUAUAUGAGGGAAAAUUAUUUUUGAAAAAAAAAAAAUGAUUCGUAUUAGUCGCUUUUGAUCCAUUGCAUAUCGAAAAUGUGAAAAUGUGUUGUGAAAUAGUAUGAAACUUUAAUGAAGUUGGCAAAAUUGUUUAAAGCACAAUUUCUCUGGUGUCCAUCCGUUAAGUUGUACGUAUUUUCCAUUCGAUAAAAACAAUUAGUUACGCCAAAUCCAGAGAUUUGUUGAUGAAGUGUACAACAUUCGGUAUGUAAUUCCAUGGUUUAAAAGUCUUUUAUCUGUGCACAAAGGGAAAAUCAAAUAAAUACAUGCAGUACACACAAGAGACAAACCCCACAAAUUAUUUUAGGAAUCCUACCAAAAUAUGACUUUGUAAGGUUUCCUCCUAAUACCGCAAUAUUUUAAAAUUUGAUUAUUUCGAAACAGAACAUAUUUGUGUUUAAAAAGUUUCCUGCCAAAAUAUUCUGAAACCUUACAAAUUCCGAUUUUGAUAGAAUUUCUAAAAUAAUUUGUUUUUAUUUGAAACUUUGACUGUUCCAACAUCAUUGGUAGUUUUAAUUUAAGAAAAAUAAAUCAAUUACCUCAUUGCAAAGAAGACGAAAAUAUCUUCGUAAUAUGAAUGGCGUGAGUGUGAAUGCGAAAAACAUCAAUUUACUAAGCAUUAUUGAUUUUAAGCUGCAGCUUACCGAUUAAUUUAAACUUACCGAACGAAACGAGAGACGCGUAGUUUGAAUAAUUAAUUCACAACAGAUUAUGAGCUUAAGUUAUAGCAUAUAUAACUUGUUAAAUUAAUAGUCACUUGGCACUUGUGACAAGUGCAAAGUUUGUAGAAAUAUUAAAAUUUAAACAUAAACAUUUAAAAUAAUUCAGUAUAUGAAGUCAUCCUCAUCUACUUGAAAACGAUGACAAAAUAUAAUACGAUAAGCAAAUACUUAAUAGUGAAGAAAGAUAGACGGAGAGAUACGAGUGCACAGUGCACAAAAUGAUUCGGUUGGUUAACAAUAUAUUGAUAUUAGCACACUUGAAUAGACCCAAGAUAUAAUAAUCAUCCCCGAGUGGAAAAAAAGUGACUAAGUUACUAUUGACUGUAAGUGACUAUAGUUAGCUAUAUUCAUGAAUUUUAAAAUUUUGUAUGGAAAACAAU